GCCACUGAUGGGCCCCGACCUCACCAAGAUGGCGCCAGGCCCAUGCCAAGCCCUUCUCAAAAUGGCGACGCAGAUCUUCCGGUCCUCCCAAAGAUGGGAUGAAAUGCAAUUUCCGGUCCUUACCAAGAUGGCGACAAGAGCAUUUCCGGUCCUGCCCGUGUGGGCGAUCAGACUUCUUCCGGUCCUUCCCAAGAGGGCGAAGGAAACGGUUCCGCCCCUCUCAAAGAUGGCGGCCAUGUUGUUCACGGCCCUUCACAAGAUGGCGGCGAGGCCUUUCCUCGCCGCGGUGCUCUGGGACGGCCGGAGCGGGGCUUGGGGCGCACCCGGGAGGACUCGUGGCAGGUCCGGGAGGUUCGGUCACGCCUGCGCGUGCUUUUAACGCAUUUCGAAGCCGCUUUUUUGCGCACAUCGCCGCUCCCCGACGUCCCCAAAAUGGCGGCGCCACAGUGUCACUCCCUCCCUAAGAUGGCGGCCCCCGGCGCUUCCCGCCCUUUUUCCGCCGUGGAGGCCGGAAGCCGCCUCAGGGCACUUCCGGUUCCCUCACGCGCGCCUCCCUCACGAAAUGGCGGCGGCCGAAUCGUUCCUCGCCUUCAACCCGCGGGCCGGGCCGGCCCCGCCGCCGCCUCCCGGCGCCGCUCCCGCGGGCCCCGCAACCGCAAGAAGGGCUGGAAGCGCUGGAGCGGCCCCGAGGCGCGGCUGGGCCGCGAAAUCGGCGAUUUCCUGGAGGAUGUGGGGCUGCAGGAGCGGACCGCGGGGGGCCUGAUCUCGGAGCAGCCCAACGAGGGCCUUUUCUUCCUGGACACCGGGAGCGCCCCCAAAAGCCGGCCCCAGAAGAAGAAGCCCCCCCAGAAGCCCCUGCACGUGGACCUGGUGCUGCAGCCCCUCUCCAAGGUGCCCCCCCCAAAAAACGUCUGUGCCCACCAGAUCCCGCACUCGCGGCACGAGCGGCGCCGCCGGCGGUUCUGGGCGCGGCGCGGGCGGCUCCCGGGGGGGGAGCGGCGCCUGCGCGCCCGCCUGGCCCGGGGGGGCUCCGGGGCCCCCCAGAAACCCCCCGAGCUCGGCCGCUCUGACCCCCAGCGGCCCUUCUACGACAUCUGGGGGGAGCACAACCCCCUGGACGCCCUGGCCGGGCAGGACCCCUGGUACCUGCAGCAGACCAAGAGGCUGAGGGUGCAGCGCCCCCCCCGGCUCCAGGCCAAGCCCUCGCCCCUCCCCCCCGUGGAGGUCAUCGGCCAGGGGGGCUCCUACAACCCCCCCUUCAGGAGCAGGCAGGACCUGCUGCUGCGGGCGCUGGAGGUGGAGGUGAGGAGGAGGAGGGAGGAGGAGAAGGUGGAGAGGAGGCUGAAGGUCACCGAGGAGCCGCCCUCGCAGGAGGCCGUGCUGCGGGAGCAGCUGCAGGGGCUGCUGGAGGAGGAGGAGGAGGAGCAGCAGGACGAGGAGGAGGAGGAGGAGGAAGAGCAGGAGCCGCCCCGAAAACGGGAACAGCCCGGCCGGAAAACGGAGAAACAGCGGCGCAGGGAGAAGGAGCAGAGGGAGAAGGCCGGUGCCCGUGCCCGUGCCCGGGCAGCCCUGCAGAGGCAGCAGGGGCUGUUCCGGCUGCGCGCGCUGCGCCGGGCGCUGCGGCUCAGGGACGCGGAGCUGCGGCGCCGGCGGCUGCUGCGGGAUCGGCGCCGGCGCCUGCGGGAAACGGCCCCGAAGCGCCUGGGACGGCUCCGGUACGAGGAGGCCGGGCCCGAGGUGCAGCUGAGCGAGGAACUCCCAGAGUCCCUGCGGAGCCUGCGGCCCGAGGGGAGCGUGCUCCGGGAUCGCUUCAAGAGCCUCCAGAGGAGGAACAUGAUCGAGCCCCGCGAGAGGCCAAGUGAGUUCCGGCGCCGUUACCGGGUGAAGUACGUGGAGAAAAGAUCCUUCCGGGAAGUGACGUGA